AUGGAACAAUCUACACCGCGAUCAUUUCUUGAUCUCCCUGCCAUCAUUCGACGUCGCAUUUAUUGCUUAGCUGGCCUGGUCACCAACACUGAUAUCCACGUGGGCCGCGAAGAACGUAGGGAAAUUCGUCGGCAUAUGGAACUACAGCACUGCAAAGACAUACCCGAUCUUACAUUUUCUCUCAACUUACUUAUCACCUGUCGAGCUAUCUACAAAGAAGUCUCUAGUAUACUGUUCUCGACCAAUUGCUUCUGCACAAAAGAUCCGCAGUCCUUGUGCCAACUUCCUGCCUCUUUUAUAUCGUCUCUGUCGUCUUUGAAAUUCUCCCUAAACGCCAUCUACUUCUGGGAUUGUUGCGGCGAGCGUCCAAAAUGUCUCAGCGAUAUCAAACCAAUAGUCAGCACCAUCCCCGAUCACCGUUCUCUACUUGAAAGAUGGGAAAAUACGGCACGAUUCAUCGGUUCGCGAAUUGAAACUCAAAACCUCAAGCUCGGCCUGAUUUGCGACGUGGAUGAUGAAGAGACAGCAUAUCUUGCUGUUAAACCCCUUCGUUACCUGCAUACCUUGUCCAGCUGCGAGAUCCGACUUAGCAAUAAGCCUAAUAGCCGGCUUGAAAAUAUUGCCCGAAAGGCUGCCCUACACGCCCUAGGGCAGCGACCACUCAAGCAGCCACCCGAGAGCUUUCCUUUUCUACGGCUUCCACUAGAGAUUCAGCUAGAGAUAUUAGAGUAUACCGAUCUAGUUACACCUUUAAACCACGUUCAAUGGACCUCAUUGGAGAAGUACCAUCUUCAACCCUAUUCUUGCGAAGAACCGCACGAGCCUCCUGCCGAAUAUCAUGCCCGCAUCGGAAGUGUAGCAGCUGUACCCAUUAUGCCUGCCAGUUUCGAACGUGUGGGGGAAAAGUGGAAGGCAAAUAUGCCUCCAUUACAGGUUGCUUCUGCAGUGUACGACAUGCCUCUUACUCGCCGCAUUGCCGUUGUUGGCGGCCUCCGACACCAUUGUUCCUAUCUUCGAUCACUAGAGAUCAGUCUAUACUCCCCUGAUCUUACGCAGUGGAUGCAAACUGUCCAGUCCAUCAAUGAUAAGCUUAUUAAUUUACAAUAUCUGUUUCUCCAAGUCUCUCUCGGCUUCUUACCGAGCUGGCCAGACUUCCCUGAUACCAACCCAUACCCACGACCCACACUUGCGGAAGAGAGGGGCAUCGAUAUUGUUAGAGAGGCGGUCGACCUUUUAUGGCCAGUGAGACAUAUAGGUUCGCCCAGUAGUGCCAUCCGACUGUUCUUCGUGAAUUUUUGCUUUGAGGGUCCGUCGAUUUACUACUAUAAGCGGCGUGAGCAAGAAUAUCUCCCGACGACAAGGAUCUAUAUGGACAUCACAGAUAUUCAGUCCGUAGAAGUUCAUGUCGAACGCGAGGUUUGCAGCGACCUCAUAGGCGAGGUGGACGGCAGCUCGUUGGCGUUGAAAUCGAAGAGCGGUGUGUGGGUAGAAGGUAUCUUGGCGCGCCCCGACUUUGAGGCUUAUGAGGGAUUUACUUACGAGUAA